AUGCCUGAGCCUUACCAAGACCUAAAACUUUUUACGGACUUGUCAGCAGCAACCCUACAAUUCCGCAAAAGCCUGACACCUCUCACGACCACAUUACGCUCUCAAGGAAUUGCAUACCGCUGGGGGUACCCAGCAAAACUAUUAAUUCACUACCGGGACACACUACAUGCCGUGGACUCAUUAGCAGCAGGCAAGGAGAAAUUAAGGAGCUGGGCCUAGAAGCAACCAAGACAGGAGACAAGAAUAAGGUGAAGAUACCCAGGAUGUCUCCAGAGUGGACCCCGGCCUGAAACACGAACUCUACCGGACACCAACUCUCCUCCACGCCGGAGAGACACUAAGUAUAUCUAUGUCUUAACUAAUGUCACAAUGUGCGGUCAUUUCUAUACUUAUUCUAUCUGUAUGUUGAAUUUGUUGAUGUUUAAGGGGCUCCAGUUAUUUACCGAAGGUAUCCCAACAGUUACUAUGUUAUAGAUGAGGGAGCUGCAAGGCUCUCGACUUCCUUUCCAAUAUAUGGGGCCCUCAGAACUCGGAGGAUCUUUAGACUGAGGGAGCACCCCGAGGAAAUAGAGGACUUAGCGAUCUUAGAUAGCUGUAAAUAGCCCUAGUGCCACGGAUGAGCCAUCCACUCCAUCAGGCUCAUGAAUGUACCCCCCCACCUGCGGCCAAGACUAUAUUUUCGCAGUUCGGCUCUCCCGGACUGAGCCCAAAUGGGGUUUCCACCCCCUGCCCAUUUCCCUGUUUUCAACCCUCCCCUGUUUCUUCUUCCCCCCACCUACCCAGGUUUAUCCCAGCAGACUCCUGCUCAGUGCAUCACAUAAUUACAUAGUUACAUAGCUGAAAAGAGACUUGCGUCCAUCAAGUUCAACCUUCCUCACAAAUGUUGUUGCUGUUGAUCCAAAAGAAGGCAAAAAACCUGGUCUGAAGCGCUUCCAAUUUUGCCUCAAACUAGGAAAAAAUUCCUUCUUGACCCCAAAAUAGCAGUCAGAUGUCUCCUUGGAUCAAGCAGCUAUUACCCCACUAAUUAGAAAUUAUAUCCCUGUAUGUUAUGUUUUUGUAAGUAUUUAUCCAAUUUCAGUUUAAACAUCUGUAUGAACUCUGACAAAACCACCUCUUCAGGCAGAGAAUUCUAUAUCCUUAUUGUUCUUACUGUAAAAAAACCUUUUCUUUGCCUUAGAUGAAAUCUCAUUUCUUCCAGCCUAAAUGUGUGACCUCUUGUCCUAUGUAUAGCCCUGUUUAUGAAUAGAUUUCCAGAUAAAGGUUUGUACUGGCCCCCGGAUAUAUUUGUAUAAAGUUAUCAUAUCCCCUCUCAGGCGCCGUUUUUCCAAACUAAACAGAUUUAAUUUUUUUAACCUUUCUUCAUAACUAAAAUGCUCUGUUCCUUUUCUCAAUUUUGGAGCUCGUCUCUGGACCCUCUCCAGUGCCAUGAUAUCCUUCUUUAGAACAGGCGCCCAAAAUUGCACAGCAUAUUCAAGGUGUGGUCUUACCAGCGAUUUAUAAAGAGGCAGAAUUAUAUUUUCAUCCCGAGAAUUUAUGCCCCUAUUUAUACAUGACAAAAUCUUACUGGCCUUAGCAACUUCAGAUUGACAUUGCAUAAUGCCCCGAAGCGGUUGAAAAGAGGAGACCAGCACGUACCCCUAACUCAGAUUGCAUACUUAGUUCAAGUGGCCCGACCUAUUACCUGUCACAUCUAUACAACACAUAAGGACGUUAAAAUGCUGGUCUCCCCAAUAACUGUAUGCUAUGUACCACACACCGUUCACCUAAGCGAAAUUACCUCCAAUUACCAUUAGGGUAGUAACAUACAAUGUGAAGGGGCUGAAUGCCCCAGGUAAACGUAGACUGUUACUUAAAGAUCUGAUAAACAACCGGGUAGACAUCGCAUGUAUUCAAGAAACUCACUUUAAGAAAGGGAACACUCCAAAGAUCUUCCAUAAGCAUUUCCCUUCACAAUACCACGUGCUGUCAGAUACCAAAACCAAAGGUGUAUCCAUAUUUAUACAUAAAGAAGUCACCUUUACGUUGCAGAGGCAUUUCAUCAACCUCCAAGGCCUCUUUAAUGCUACUCAAUAUACUUUGGUCACGGCGUAUCUUCCCAAUGAUAACCCCAAAAAAUAUCUCCAAUCCCUAUUGACCAAAAUUGACCAGUAUAGACAUGGUAAUUUGCUCAUCUGUGGAGACUUUAACCUUUCCCAAACAUCUCUGGACAGUUCAUCCCAGAAAGGAAACAGGGCCCUUCAGGCACAAGACAUGACCCACAAACACGUCUCCAAAAUUCUUUCCCUCCAUGAUCUCUAUGAUGUCUGGAGGACCCUUAACCCAGGGGAUAGGGAUUACACUUUCUAUUCGAGGGUGCAUAAUUCAUAUUCCUGUACAGAUGCCUUUUUUGUUGACAGAGUAACCCUACCCCACGUCUCAGAAUGCAAGAUUGGCGAGAUCACUUGGUCCGACCAUAGCCCGGUCACCCUAGAUCUAAAAGAUGAGUUUCAGUUCAGGGGGAAGGGAACGUGGAGGCUAAACGAUUCUCUCUUACACAACGAAAAAUUUGUUGCCACAAUACGGGAGGAACUAACAGCCUACUUUAAGUUAAAAACCACCCCCGAUAUCACAGAAUCCACUGCGUGGUCCGCACAUAAAGCGGUGCUCAGAGGCCUCUUUAUAAAACAAGCAGCACACAUCAAACGGCUCCACAACUCGGCCAUAUUAGAUUGUCAUGCACAGAUAGCCCAACUCUCAGCGUUAAAUAAAACGCAACCCUUGACAGACAUAGCGACUCAACUCUCCCACCAAUAUAACAAACUUAGAGAACUGAAUGCAGAAAAAACCAGGCGACUCCUACAUAAAUUAAAAGCUGACACCUAUCAUCAUAGUGGCAAAGCCACUAGACUCCUAGCAGCUAGACUACACAACAAAUGCAAUUCACAGAAAAUAGCCAAUCUCCUAAACGAGAAAGGUAAUAAAAUACUCAAUCCUAGUGACAUAGCACAGGCCUUUGCACGGUUUUAUGCUAAACUGUACAACUUACAACAUAUACCAGGGAUACACAACCCGUCAGAUGAAAGCAUCUCUAAAUAUCUAACACAAAUAAAUCUGCUGCACAUCACGCAAAAUCAAGCUAGGGAACUCCAACAAGCCAUAACGCUAAAUGAGGUCACAGAAGCCAUUAGAGCCCUGCCUCCGGCAAAAUCCCCGGGGGCAGAUGGGUUCACUAACACGUACUAUAAGACGUUUGUGGACACACUUGCACCCCAGCUCUUGAGAGUCUACCAGCAGGCCUCUGAAAUUGGCUCCCUUCCAAGGGAAAUGCUUUUAGCUACCAUAAUUGCUAUCCCAAAACCGGGUAAACCCGGGGACGACUGUAAAAAUUACCGCCCGAUAUCCCUCCUUAAUACGGAUGCUAAAUUGUAUGCGAAAAUUAUAGCAAACAGGCUGAGUAGGCUGUUGCCACAGCUGAUACGGGAUGACCAAACUGGGUUCGUCCUGGGGAGACAAGGCUCAGACAAUACCUAUAAACUCAUGCAUGUCUUUGAGCAGCUCUGGAGGCCUGGCCGAGGGGGUCUACUAUUGGCAUUAGAUGCGGAAAAGGCAUUUGACCGCCUCAGCUGGGCCUUCUUGAGACAAGUUCUGGACAAAUAUGGGUUCCCUCAACAAGUCAUCACUCAAAUCUUUGCACUGUACUCCGCCCCUUCAGCCAGAGUUCUCCAGGUGGGAUUCCUCUCUGACCCAUUUGAACUUACAACGGGACUCGCCAAGGGUGCCCCCUAUCCCCUCUAUUAUACGUACUUGCCCUGGAACUGCUCUUGGCCUCAAUAAGAAUCCAUCCCGACAUAACUGGUCUUAGAAUUGGCCCAAAAGAGAUGAGGAUUAGUGCUUUUGCUGACGACAUCCUCUUAUACAUAUCCCACCCGACAUCAUCACUGCCCCACGUUAUGAAACUCAUCCAAACAUAUGGGGAACAAUCCUACUAUUCCCUUAACACUUCUAAAACUCAGGCACUUAGUAUAGGGAUACCGGUAAAUGACCUGAAGGACCUAUGAGAGACAUACCACUUUGAUUGGAGGAAACAGGACAUCACCUAAAAAAACAACAGAACUAUACUCCGGCAACCAUAUGAAAAUAUGGAAAGAGUGUAAGCUACAACUCCAGAGAUGGGCCCCACUUUAUCUAUCAUGGACGGAAAGAGUAGUGGCAUUGAAGAUGUAGAUUCUUCCCAGACUACAGUAUAUCUUUAGAACUCUCCCAAUAUUGGUUCCGAAUUCUUUCUUUCAAUUAGUACAAAGGGACAUGGACAACUUUAUCUGGGCAGGAACCAAACCGAGAGUAGCUAGGAAAAUAUUACAAACACCAAAAAUGAAUGGAGGACUAGGACUACCUGAUACGAAAGCUUACUAUCAUGCAUCCAUACUGACCCCACUUCUAACUCACUAUAUAACUAAACCACCUCCCCAAUGGGUGGAAAUAGAGAGGAGCUUCCUAAACCCCUAUGCACUGGCCAAUCUCAUGUGGCUGCCAAAAAAGCAUAGACCACCUCUGACCCACUCUUCUGACCUCAUCACACUGAGACUUCAAAUGUGGGACAGACAUAGGGCUACACUCAGCUCAAAGACCACACUAUCACCAGCCACACCGAUAGCAGCCCUGCCAUAUUGCAUCCCUACAUUCCACGCCAGACCAUGGCUAGACAAAAAAUUAACACACAUCUACCAAGUCCUUCAACAAGGGGAACUAAUAGAUUUCGCCAAAUUAAGAGACAUACAUGGACUUCCCCAGACCUCACACUUCUCGCACAUGCAGCUGAGAUCGUUCCUCUGCAAACUGACAAAUGUGGAGACACGGUCAGACUCUGUAAAGGAGCAAAUCACGGGGUGGGAGCAGAUAUGCAUAAAUGAAGUAUUACCACCCUUAUGUAAACUGAUCUCCAUGUGUUACCGACUCCUAGCGAACUGUCUCCUGUUCCCUACCACAAAAAUAGCAAAACAAUGGACCACAGACUUAGGCUAGAAUAUCACAUCCCAUCAAUGGAAUACUCUAUUCUGGGACGUAAACCAAUUGCUCAAAUCCACCACCCUAGUAGAACAACAGCAAAAAAGCAUAUAUAGAUGGUACAUGGUACCCACGAGACUCCAUAAAUUCUAUCCACAUAGCCCUCCCACCUGCUGGAGAUGUGAGGAGUUGAGAGGGGAUGUUCUCCAUAUUUGGUGGCACUGCUCUACCCUUAGGCCAUUCUGGAUAGCGGUCCACGACCUCUUGCAGGAGAUGACGAGCUGUACCUUAACAUUUAAGCCCUGUAUAUAUAUAUAUAACCUUGCUUCUACCGACUGAGCUCCCCAAAGCUACAAAGAAACUCAUAUACCAUGUCAUUCUCUCAGCCCAUAGAGAGGUUGCGAGAGCAUGGAAAACCAAGUUCUGCCCGUCCCUAUCUAAACUGCUCUCAGAAAUACAAGACCAAAGAUCAUUCGAGGGAGCAUAUAGCAAACUGUGGCCUCCAUCUCGCACCACGACAAAAUCAUGGGAGAUAUGGGACACAUGGAGAUCGGGACAAUCGGUACAAAUAGGUACCAAUGUCAGAGGAACAAGUUAACAUUAAAUUAAAAUUAAAGCCAAACGUUUUGGUAACGUCAAUAGCCAUCUUUUAUGUUUAUGUUUUAUGAUUUAUGUAUUAUGUAUUAGGCAUGACCGUCAUGCCCUACCACUGGUGAGGAACCACAAUACGCCUGACACUGUAUGGUAUAGAAUGACUCUGAUAAUGUACAUCAUACCAUUACUUUGAUAUGAACACAAAAUGUGU